AUGGCAUGGUACUUGAAGAAAAUACUAAGAACUAGAGGAGAGGCAUAUCAGAUGAUGAAGUUCAGAAUCGGAAAUAGAAAUGGAAUAUUAUUCUGGCACGAUCCAUGGUUAGAGAAUAAUCCCAUAAUUCUUCGGGAGGAAUUCCAAACUAUUAGAAUCAGAAUCAGAAGAAAAUGUCUCUUGUACUCAAUUAGAGAUAUUCAAAAAGAAAAAUGCAGCUCUAUUCUUAGGAGUAUUUCAGAAAGAGUCAGAAUUCUGAAUCUGAUCAAUAAUAUACAAUUCAAUGGAAAUAUUGAUACAAAGAGUUGGAAUACUGUUAUGAAUGGAAAGUUUGUGGCAGAAAAAGCAUGGGAGAUCAUUAGAACAAAGGAGGUAGUGUUUGAUUGGCACAAAGUAGUCUGGUCUUCAAAGGUUAUACCUCGAAACCAAUUCAUUCUUUGGCUGACAUUCAGGAAAAGAUUGGUGACAAGAGACAAAAUUAAGAAGUAUAUGAAUAUUCCAUAUGUCAAUUGCCCAAUCUGCACAGAAAAAGAAGAAAGCAUUGAUCACUUGUUUAGGAAUAGCACAUUUGUAUCCAAGUUGUGGAUCAAUUUUGCUCAGAGUCUCAGAACAUGA